AUGUCCUUCACGGAGCCGUUCUCCUCUAGAUAUCCGCCUCUAACUACUCGACAGGACAGAGCCGUCUACUCGGCUGCUCCAGUAAAGGCUUCGUUUGCCAGGACUGUGCCAAGCUACGACGAAAUCUAUUCAGGUUCUGCGAAACCGAUUCUGAAGGCGUAUGACAUCGAUCUUUCGAUUCACAUCGAUGCUUCCACAUCCGUGGCAGCACCCCGUCUAGGAAGGGUCACCUGCACCUUUGACGAGGUGGAUGCCUACAGACCAAGGACGUCAACUGCCAAACUUGACUUGCCAUUGAUAGUAAAGCCUCUGAGACAGUUUGAUCGCGAUUCAACUCUAGAGCGCAGGAGUCGCAGCACGGAGACCCGCGAUCAGCCGUUCGUUGAAGCGGCACAACCCCGUGUUGAAGCUCCUGCCAUUUGUCGUCGAAGAACCAUGGGUGGCGCUGAUGAUGCCAAACCAAAAUGGUAUUCUAGCAGCGUCGACGGCGGCCCUGAAUCUUCGACGCUACCGAAAAAUUUUCUCCGGAAACCGUCCGUUCUGCAUACUGCAGCUCCUGUCGAAGUGGCACCUAUUCCUUUCAUUGACGAUGACAUUCCUGCACCACCCAAGCCUGCAAGAAGCUACACAGAACUUACCGGAUCCACGAAAGAAACACCAGACAAGGUAGCACCUACGCUGCUGGACGGAUUUGAGAAGAAACCUGGCCGAUUGGAUCUUGUAAGCUGCACCGCCAAGCCCGUUCAGCUGGUGGAUCCUGUGGCUUCAGUCGUUAGAAAAGAACCGAAACCACUGGAACUUAACCGUUCUUCCUUUCUACAAGGUCCGCCUGAUACAUCGAAGCCUCCAAAGCCUUCAUCAUGUCAGGAUGCACUACCAACUACUGCUUCGCCAAAACGUUACCCAUGGCAAACUGCCAGUACAUUCAAUGACAAGCCUUCGCCCGUACAGCAGGAGGUACCUCGUGAUGUAAGCCAUUUCCGAGAAGAUAGUGGCUAUCGAUCGGAUCGUAAAACUUCCAUGGAAUUUUCAACUGAACCUAGUCGAUCCAUAUUGUCUGUGGAACCCCUAAUACCUCCGGAUCCUCAAAAUUCCCAGUUAGACGAGUCCUUCAGUGAGAGCGAAUGGGGUAGCGAUGAUGGUGAAUUUCACUGGGAUGACGACGACCAUGCGAUAAACAGUAAAAGAUACAGUUUGGUGCUGAGGACUCAAACACCAUUGCGGGUUAAGACUAUAAUUGACAAACUUCUCUCCAAUACUGGGCGCGACCAACGUCGAGCAUUAUUCUCACUGAAGAAAAUAUUUCAGGACGAUCGUGAUCUCGUGCCGGAAUUCGUUCAAAAUGGUGGUCUCGAUUGUAUGGUACGACUUGGCCGACUUGCUGAUCAAAAUCAUCAGAACUACAUACUUCGAGCCCUGGGCCAAGUGAUGUUGUACGUGGACGGUAUGAAUGGCAUCAUCGCUCAUAAUAUGACAAUCCAAUGGUUGUACGAGUUAUUGGAUUCGCCGCUAUUCGACGAGAAAGAACGCCGAGAAAUGAGUCCAUUUCGGCUCGAAUGGGUGAGCGGCGAUAUAGGCACCCUGCAUGUGUUCCCCACAUCCUUCUCAUUGACACGCACCUCGAUUUUCCUAUACUUCAAAGUAACUUUCAAGCCGUGGAGUCCUUUAUGA